AAAUGGCUACCGCUACGAUGAAAGAAAUUGUUGCGUUGUAUCAAAAUUUAAAACGUAUAUGGGAUAGUAAGCCACAAAAUUUAGAAAAGUCUGGAGAACUUCUUUCCAGACUCAAGUUGUCACUCACCCAAGUUGCAUUUAUACCAACAACAGAGGCGUCAGUGACUAAGCAAGAAUUGCUAAUUGCUCGAGAUAUACUUGAAAUUGGAGCACAAUGGGCUAUUGCUAAAAAGGAUAUUCCAGCAUUUGAAAGAUACAUGGUCCAAUUAAAAUGCUAUUAUAUGGAUUACAAGGAUGACCUUCCAGAGUCUGCAUUCAAAUACCAGCUUUUAGGACUGAACCUUUUGUGUCUACUUUCUCAAAAUCGAUUAGCAGAAUUUCACACUGAACUGGAACGGUUACCUGUAAAGGAGAUUCAGAAUAACAUUUAUAUCAAACACCCAGUAAGCAUGGAACAGUAUUUAAUGGAGGGAAGUUACAAUAAGGUUUUUCUAGCCAGAGGAAAUGUUCCAGCAGACAACUAUAACUUCUUCAUUGAUAUUUUACUGAACACCAUCAGAGAUGAAAUAGCAGGGUGCAUAGAAAAAGCAUACAACCGUAUUGGUCUUAAUGAAGCUGCCAGAAUGCUUUUCUUUGAAGCCCAAAAACCAAUGAAGGAAUAUGCUACUCAGAGAAAAUGGAGAUUAGAGAAAGACUUUUUUCACUUUAUUCAUGAAGCUAAGGAUGCUGAUCACACCAUCCCUGCCAAAAUAUUAGCUACACAAACCAUUGAAUAUGCCAGAGAACUUGAAAUGAUAGUAUAAACUUUGAUGUUAAAGCCUUUUUCAUCUGUUUUAUUUAACAAAAUUUGACAUAUUUGAU